AUGACGUCAUGCGCUCGGACCGAGCCGUGACCUGCUGCUCCGGCUAUGCUAGAGGUCCGUACCGACAUAUGUUCCGCAUAAAAUCCAGUAAAUACCCGUUAUUUAUGAAAUGUAACGCAUUAAACGAUACUGGUUUAGUGAUUGUAGAAGGUAACCAGCGCAGCAGCAGUAGCAGUGAUUCUCAUGAGCGGCGAUCGGUAUUUAGUAGCGCAUGUUUAUAUUUUAAGUUUACCUCAGCUAGCUGGCUAGCUAACUUAAGCUUGUUUUCCAGCUAACCAAAAGUGAAACUGGAAUAUGCGCUACAUGGUUGCAAGCUUUCGGAGUUUGUCUCUAAAUUGACUCAAUCGAGGUAUCAACUGUAUAACAAACAAGACAUAAACAUGGUUGCUUCCUGGCUUUAGCAGCAGCUUGACCCUCAUCAUCAUGGACUCCUGAAAUCCUUCAGCGACUCAUCCGGUCGCUGGUUGUUGUUUAGGACGAGGUCACCUUUCAGCCUACAACCUGUCUGAUCUCCCAAGAAGAGGGAGCGAGCAGAUGGGGAACUGUUGCUGUCGCCCUGAGAGUCCCUGUGGCAGUGCGGAGGAAAGAAGUGGUUUGCUGAAAGAUGACCCGAAGGCCACGGUGUCUACAGGUGAAACACUUGUGGUGGGCAACUGUGGUCCUGAAAAAGAUGAUGACAUCAGGAAAGUGCCUGAAGAGGCCAGUAUAAAGGUGGAGGAGGCUGUGCAGGUGAAGCAGAGUCCUGAGGUUGCAGAGAUGGAGCCUAAUAACGUUCAAGAGAAUGGGCCCUUGCAGAAUGAGGUCUUACAAACGGCAACGCCUUCUUCCAGCAAAAAGUCUAAACUCAAAGAAAACUCCACCAGAGCACAAGAUAAAGAUGUGAAUGACCGUCCUACGUUCAGUGGACAAGCUGAGCCCCCGCAGUGCACUUCGAAAGAACACACCACAGCUGUUUGGGAGGCUUUUAGAAAUGAGGCGUCAGAAGAAGAAAACCCAGCCUCAGCGCGGGGCAAAAUCCCUGACAGCAGCUCUCUAACAGCAGGGGCUGUUUGCCCUGAAAACCAUACUGAGACAAACACAACAAGAGAGCACAAUACGUUGGACACUACUCAUGAUAACGAUGAAGAAGCGGGCUCCAAAGUCACUAUUGAAAACGCUGUAGCCGUGCCAUCAGGGGAGUCUUCUCAAAAGAACAAAGUGUUAUCUGUGCCAAAUACUCCGCUCACUGCAGCAGCUUGUCAGGUGUCGUCCAUCUCUGGGGUCAGUCAGGAGAACGGCAAAGAGUCUCCGAGCUGUGCUGUGACAGAGGAUUCAGAGAAAGGGAGUUCUUCAGUGUGCAAGGAGGCCGGUCCUGAAGUCGUACAAAUUCAUGAUGUCUGUGAGUCUUCUCCUGAAUCAGAGCCCGCGGGACUCGACCACUGUGGUGAGGAACGAGACUCCGCCGACUGUGUCAGGGAGCCAGAACCCACAGCCCCGGCAGACGCCAGCCAGAGCUCAAAGUCUGAUCAGGAUGCACAGCCAGAUUUUGGUUGUACAGCUACGAGCUCAAAGGAGGUCACUUCCUUGGAGAACAUCGAACAGGUUAUUGGAGAGGAAAUGAUGCCUAAAGGACAGGAGAAAGAUAGAGAUGUUCCCAACGCGAAGGACGACGAUGAGAUUAGGAAGGAGGCGGAGAAGGCUCCCAUGGAGGCCGAGGCUCUGGCUGGGAAAGAUUCUGAGAUUCAGGAGGUAACUGGAAAAAAGGAGCAGCUGGCAAGGAGCACAUCCACCGAUGUAAAGGCUGAUGAGAUACCUGUCACAGAGAAGGAAGACUCUGUUGAAGAUGGCCUGGGGAGCAGUGAAGAAGACCUGUACAGAGGAGCUGAGGAGCUGUCAGCGUCACCAGAAACUACGCUUGUAAAGGUGGAGGACAGAUGCAGUUUGGCCCCGGCGGUGGAUAUUCUGUUUUACAGUGAGAGAGAGUGGAAAGGAAAUACUGCCAAAAGUGUUCUCAUUAGAAAGGGUUAUAAAGAGAUGUCCCAGAGGUUUGGCAGCGUGAGGAGAGUCAGGGGGGACAACUACUGUGCCCUCAGAGCCACGCUGUUCCAGGUGCUCUCCCACAGCACCCAGCUGCCUGCAUGGCUGCAGGAGGACAAUAAUAUGCUUCUGAAGCAACUUGAGGCUCAGGAAGGUCUGAUAAGUCAGUGGACAUUUCGUGGAGAAUGCCUGCAGGGAGAUGGGACAGGAGAUGCCACCGUGCAGCUGAAAGGCUACAUGGAGCUUCUUCGAAAUACGUGGCAGGCAGCAGUGGACUGCUCCUCCGCUGUGGAGCGGCAGCAGCUUUGCGAGCGAGUGUUUCAGGGAGGAGAAGAGGAGCUGGGGCUGCUGGAGGCGCUCAAGCUGCUGAUGCUGGGCAGAGCGGUGGAGCUGCACAGCUGCAUGCUGGGCGGCAGAGACAUCCCGCUCUUCUGCUGGCUGCUGUUUGCUCGGGACUCAUCUGACUGCCCGCGCUCCUUCCUCUCCAACCACCUCAGCCACGUGGGCCUCAGCGCCGGGCUGGAGCAGGUGGAGAUGUUUCUGCUGGGCUACGCCUUGCAGUGCACCAUUCAAGUUUACAGACUGUACAAGGCUGACACAGAGGAGUUUAUCACCUACUUCCCAGACGACCAUAAGGACGACUGGCCAUCCGUGUGCCUCGUCACAGAGGAUGACCGCCACUACAAUGUGCCAGUUGUAGAAGCUGCAGAAGAACUACACAAGCAGCUCAACUCGAGUUGAUUGCCACUGCAGAGAAGUCUCCUGCCAUACACACAAAACACUCCUCAGGUCGAUCAAGGUGAAUAGAUUUACAGCAAUUGAAGGAAUAGUUUGACAUUUUGGGAUAUUUGCUUUCUUGCUGAGCGUUAGACGAGACACUGGUUAACUUAGCACAAAGACUGCAAAACGGGGAAAGAGCUAACCUGGCUCUGUCUGAAGGAAUGUUUCCAGUCUUUGUGCUAAGCUAAGCUAACCGGGUGCUUGCUGUAGCUUCAUAUUUAGACUUCAGAGUCGAAUCGAUCUAACUCACGGCAAGAAAGCAAAAAAGCAUAUUUCCCAAAAUGUCAAACUAUUCCUUU